AUGGAUGCCUUGGUACCGGUGACAAGGAAAAACAUCUUGAGCCAAAAAGAAUCGAAAUACUUUGCGGACAGAACAUACAAGAUCUUCGUGUUUGGUUCCAAUUUGUACGGGGCAUUAGGCUUGGCGGGAGACAUCGAGGAAAAAUGGACACCAACCAUUUUAGAAGGCCCUCUGGCGGGAAAAGUUGUGAAUUCGAUUGCUUGUGGAUGUUAUGUAUCAGCGGCAAUCCUCAAUACUGGAGAGGUCUACGCUUGGGGACACAACGGAUUUGGCUUAGUUCCGGGCGCGAAUAAAGGAAAUAUUGAAAUUCCUCUCAAAGUGGCCAACUUUGGCGAUGUCGAAAUAUCAAAAAUCGCCUUUGGAAUUGGAUAUGCACUUGCUCUUUCCAAAGAUGGGAAAAUUUACGCUUGGGGAGACAAUAAACAUGGCCAGUUGGGAACCGGGAAAACUGAGUCAGAGACCGUUCCAAAACUUCUGUCAAACAUAGGAAGAAUUCGGGAUAUUGCCGCUACUCAUUGCUGCUAUCACCCCAGUGCUGCGAUAACUGAAGCAAACGAAGUCUACUUUUGGGGGCGUUGCCGAGGCCAAAAUAUUUUAAAUCCGCUGAUGAUCCCUGGAUAUUCUUCACUGGACGAAGUUUAUGCGCUAGUUCCACCUAAACCAGCAACAUUCAGGGCUUUGCGACCGAAAGAAAGUGUACCCAAGAACGACUCGCUUGUUGAAUGCUUGAAACGAGUGUUUGAUGAUCAUCAAACUUUUGAUUUUGUUUUCGUUGUGGAGGGAAAGAAAAUUCACGUGCACAAGGUGAUUCUGAUAAUGCGAUGCGACGUCCUCAGGACAAUGUUUCUAGGUGACUGGAAGGAGAGCAACGAAAAGGAGAUAGUAAUAGAAGGGCACAGCUACGACGCUUUCUACGCCUUUUUGAAUUACUUCUACUCUGACGAAAUUGAUUUGCAGCCAGCAUUGGCCCUAGACGUGUUUGCUUUGGCCCAUUUCUACCACAUGGCUGAUCUUCAAAACCAGUGCGAGGCCGUGAUCAAAAACGGCUUGACAGUGGAAAACGUGUCCUUGGUCUAUGAUAAGGCCAUUUUAUAUGCGGCCAAGGAAUUGGAGGAUUUCGCUUUCAACUUUUGCAUGGAUCACCUGAGUGCCGUUGUGAGCAGUGACAAUUUUGAUAUUUUAGAUCAAAAAGUCAGCAGAGAUUUCUUCCGUCGCGCUGCCAAACAUGGGGCUUUCAAGAAAUGACGACGUCGUUAGAUAGAAGAGCCGGAUGUUCGUGUUAAAUUUAAAUGGUUGUUUCUUCUGCUGAUG